AUGAGCGCCCCGCUGGCCAUUAGCGCCAACUACCAGGCCUACCCCGCCGGGGUGGCGGCCGGCCUUGGCUUCCAGGAAUAUUGCUGGCACUCCCCGGAGGAGGAGGAAGACGAGGAGCAGUGCCCCGAAGGGAAGAAGGGACCACUCCAGGACACAGAUCUCUCUCCAGUGACCUCCACCUCUGGACCUCUUGCCCACUACGCCCCAGACUCCGCCACCAGCCCCAAUGGGCACCCCCCUUCCCCGCACCUGUCUUCCGCCCCCCAGAGGUGCAAGGCAGACAGUGAGAGGGGGGGCAAGAAGAGCAAAAUCCGGACCACGUUCUCCCAGGAGCAACUCCAAGUCCUGCACCACCGCUUCCAGAGCCAGAAGUACCUCAGCCCACAGCAGAUCCGGGAACUGGGCUCAGCCUUGGGGCUUACCUACAAACAGGUGAAAACGUGGUUCCAGAAUCAACGGAUGAAGUUCAAGCGAACCCAGAAAGAAACUCUGUGGCUGAAGAAAGGGAUGUGCCCUCCGCAGGCCAGCUGUUUGGACUUCAUCCCUGCUCCUCCGCAAGAUUAUUCCAUGAAUCCUACUCGAAACAGCCAUCCUUUGGCCAACAUGCACGAGGGCUGCACCAGCGUUCAGAGCUAUGGCAGCGGUCAGCACUACCCCAGCGACUGCAGCCAGCUGUACAGCAGCCCCCAGAGCUUUUACCCCAUCGUGGGAGGCGAGAACGGGGGCUUCUUUGGGAAAGGCAGUGGCCCCAGUUACGGCCAGCCGGCCAUCAGCUACAUCAGCCAACAGAAGAUGAACUUCUAUCACGGCUUCUCGGCGAGCGUGGAAUACGCUGCCGUGAAGAUGGAAGACGGCUACCUCUUCCCCAGUGGAUCGGCUGCUGCCGCUGCACUUCCGGACUCCUCUGUCCUGCAGCAUUACCAGACCCCUUUGCAGACUACAGGAGCACAGAGCGACUGUAACCCCUAGGCAUCUGGCUCCCCCCCUCCACCUGUAGAUUCUGUAUUCUGUCUAUGUCCAUCUUUCAGGCUGAAGACUCUGAGGAACUGAAAGACACCUAAUCAGUUCAGCCUGCUGUUCCAGCUCUUUGGAUCUUCAAAAGGCUGACUUCUCAGUCUGUUUCUCCGUUCCAGCGCCUGUAAUUCUCUGGGCUCCAACUGCGCUUCUGCCACAUCAACCCUUGCAGGGAAAGGGGGGGUUUCUGGAAGGGGUUUGCUGCAGCUAUGGCUUGUCUUAACCUGGUCCUGGUAGCCUGCCAUGUAGGUCAGUCUGCAAAAACUGAGAAAUCUCAUUCUCUGCUUCCCCCAUGCAUCAGCUGGGAAGAAGCUCUCCAGUCAAACUCCUUUCUAUUCCUUUUCCAUCUUGUCUAACUUUCUGUUUUUGGUUUGGUGGCUUGUGUAUUAAAAUGUCUUGUUCCAUUUCUGUAAAGCAAAUAUUUUACAUUCUCUCUCCCCAACCCCUUUAGUGAUCUCUGAUAACUCCUCUCCUGACUGGGUUGUUUCUCAAUUUGGGAACUUGUUAGGAAUAAAAU